CUACCGUACUUAGUUUUCUAUAAAACCUGUCCGAGCUCACUUUGGCGAUGCAAUCGAAAGCAGACAAAGCUGUGUACGGACGAGUUGCUCAGAUUCGUCUAUGUUCGAGAUGAAGAACUUUUUAGUCUUGGUAGUAAUUCUCGCUCUUGUGAGUUGCGUCCUAAACCGCCCCAUUCGUCGACAGCGAGGUCGUGGAAAGAAGAAUAUGAUGAAUUGGGUAAAGAAAUACAUGAAUAAGUAUGGCUACCUCAAUUCAAGUGAAAUGGCCUUGGUAAAAGAUGAAAAUUCUCCCAUGUUUAAAAAAGCAAUGAUGAGGCUCCAACGAUUUGGACAUGUUCCAAUGACAGGAAAUAUCGAUACAGAAACAAUGAAGUUACUCAACAAGUCAAGAUGUGGAGUGCAGGACCCAGACCUAACAGGAAUAACUAAAAGAAAUGUGGGAGAAUUCAAUUUGCAGGGAAGCAUUUGGAGGAAGAAGGAUCUGACCUAUAGAAUCGACAAUUUCGCAAACGACCCAAUACCUCCAGAGACACAGAGACAGAUAUUCCGUAAAGCUUUAGACUUGUGGCAAUCUGCUUCAACAUUACGAUUCACAGAGGUACCGAAAUCGGAUGAUGCGGACAUCAUUAUAAGUUACGACAUCAGGGAUCAUGGCGACGGAUUCCCAUUUGACGGACCUGGUGGGACACUGGCUCAUGCAUUCUUCCCAUCCAACAAUCGAGGUCUAUCUGGUGACGCGCACUUUGAUGACGAUGAAGUCUUCACCACAGGGACACCUCGAGGCAUCAACCUCGACUGGGUAGCUGUUCACGAGUUUGGGCACAGUCUGGGUCUGGCUCAUUCAGACGUACGGGAAGCUAUUAUGUAUCCAUUUUACACGGGUUAUGUCCCGGAUAUUCAGCUCAACAGAGACGAUGUUUUGGGUAUUCAGGAAUUGUAUGGAGCUCCAAUAGUGGCCACAACGCAAACGCCAACCACCACAGAAUCCCCAUCUACAACGGAAUCACCAACCUCCACAGGGACCUCCACAGGGAUACCAACAACAACAGAACAGUCAACUACCACCGAGCCACCAGUUACUUCAGAGCUACCUACUACCACAGAGUUGCCAAUAACUACAGGAUCCACAAGUACCACAGAAAUACCAAUUACCACAAAACAACCUCAACACCCUGCAUGCUUACCAGGAACUCGCUACGACGCUGUGUUUAGUGGUGACAAAUUGACGUAUUUCUUUUCAGGAAAUCAGUUUUGGACAGUUAACAACUCAUUAGAGAAAAGUGAUCCUUACAAAAUCACAGACUUCUGGAGUGAUGUUCAAUGUCCAUUGGAUGCAGCUUUUCGCAAUGAAAACGGGAAUAUUGUAUUUUUCAAAGGAGGAAGAUACUGGGAGUACAGAGACAACAAUGUCCUUCUCACUACCGGAUUGAUUCGCAGGCGGUACAGAUUGCGUCGUUUCGCACGCAACAUGGACGCGGCUUUCACCUCCAGAAAUGUGACCCAUUUUAUCAGAGGGUCAAAAUACUGGCGCCUCAGUAGUAACCGAAAUAGAUGGAAUUCCCCGAGGACUAUUAGGUCACGACGAUUGCGAAAUGCUGACGCAGCAACGACUUGGAUCAACAACAACAGAAUUUACGUCUUCAAGGGAGACUCUUACUACAGGCUCGGAAAAGUGAACAGAGGCGAGCGGUAUCCUCAAUCAAUAGCAACCAGGUGGAUGAGGUGUGAUGGAGGUGUUGGUACGACUGAACCUUAAGAAGAAGGCCACAAUAAUGAGUGGCCACAAUAAUGCUCCGUAAAGAAUAAUCGUGGAUUGUCGUAUAGAAAAGCCUCUUUGAUCAGUAAACACUCAGUAACGGGUCCUCAGUACAUGGCGCGUCACUUUCGCUCAAUUAGAUUUAGCUCGCUAAUCCUUUAAAUCUUAAGAACGCAUGAUUAUCUAACGGUUUAUUCUCAGAAUAUUAUGAGGGCAACGUCCAGCUUCUUUCGCGAAUAUAAAUGCAAUAUCCAGCGAACCUACGAUGGAAAUAAGCCACGUCAUAAGUUGAGUAUCUUUGACAACAAGAAAGGAGUAUUACUGACAUAAAAUUGACAAUUGUAUCGUAGUCAAAUGACAAAUAAAAUGACAACAAGCAGUCAUUUUUAGAUAA